GCGCAAGCAUGGCGACGUGGAGAAAGGAACGCCCAGUCAGGAGGAGGCUGCUUCGACUUCCAUCAAGAAGUCCAAGAAGGCUCGCGUCGAUGAAUCCAGCAAGAAAAUGGUUGAGCCAUCAUCCACCAAAGCGGUCAAGCAGACUCCAAUCACGGCCCCAGUUGUCCCCUCGUUGAGCAGCGCCAAGCUUGCCAAACCCGCAGCUUCGGUUGAACAAACUCAGCCCGCUCCGGUCAAGAAGUCAAAGGGCAAAGAGAAGUCGAAGCAGAAGGAUUCCACGCCCGCAGUGAAGGCCAGCGACCCGAAAAAGCCGGCCAAGACCCCUUCGCCGAUUACCAGUCCAUGUCGGAGCGCCGCAAGGCAAUCGAGGCCAGUCUGGCCUCGACGCCCACCACCCCAACACGGACCCGGAUCCCGUCGUUGACUCCGGUGCCGAUUCCCGGCUUGUCUAUGCCCCGCCAGGUGACUCCCUCGCGCCCCUGGAGUCUGCAACCCCCCGUCAUCCAUAACACCCCGGUUCAGAUUGACCGCUCCCCGUCGGUCUCAUCCCAGCCUCUCAAAGGGAUCCUGAAGACGCCGGACCGCGAGAAAUACAGCAACGAGAAGGCGGCCCGUUCGGAUAGCCACCACAGGCGCAACAGCAAGAAGCGAUCCCCAAAGAUUGCCUUCGCGAAGGGCACGAAGCAUGGAUCUGGCUCUUAUUAACCCGUUACCUGCCUCCCUCGGAUGAGGUGACACGAGAUUUGCCCGCAACACCGGGACAUGUUCGGGCCAUUUUGUUUCUCGUUCGUUUUUCUUCUCUCGCUCAGGGACACCGGUGAGAAUUU